AGAUCGAUGCCGCUGUAUGGCUCAUCGUCGCACAAUCGUUGUAGAUUGCAGCUUAUGACUGUGAACCCAAUUGCGAUCCAGGGCGAGGAAGAGCGCAAGGCAACGGUUCGGAACAGUGCCGACGCUUCGCCGUUGCUCAUCCGUGGAUCAUCCACGGAUUCUGCGCUUGGUUGUGUGGGAAUUCGUUGCUGGGGAUGGACAGGUGCCGCGUUUCCGCCUCGCAAAAAGGCUGGCUCUAUCGCUGGGACACGUCCCCCCCUGGUCCUUUUCGGGGACUCAGUUGCUUGCGUUUACAGCUGGAUCUUUGUUUAGGGUCUGGGUUUAGCUCAUUUGGUUUCGGGCGGGAGUUAGGUCUCGUGUUAAUUUGAUUACGAGAGACUCGGAUUGUUGGUGUAGAUCCGAAGAGAUGGGGUUUGUCGCGUGGUGGUAUGCGUGGACGCAUGCUUUGCUGUACAUGUCACCUUAUGUGUACUCUGCGAUUGGAAUUGCGAUCUCCAUUGGAGUUUCCGUCCUUGGAGCUUCAUGGGGGAUCUAUAUUACUGGGAGCAGUCUUAUAGGUGCAGCAAUCAAGGCUCCUCGAAUUACGUCAAAAAAUCUAAUCAGUGUGAUUUUUUGCGAAGCAGUUGCCAUCUAUGGUGUUAUUGUAGCGAUCAUACUGCAGACCAAGUUGGAGACAACCAAGGAACCGUUUCACCCUGAUUCCAUGCGUGCUGGCUACUCAUUGUUCGCUUCAGGGGUUAUUGUUGGAUUUGCAAAUUUGCUCUGCGGGCUGUGCGUUGGUAUCAUAGGCAGCAGCUGCGCGCUUUCGGAUGCCCAAAACUCCACAUUAUUCGUCAAGAUUCUAGUUAUUGAAAUCUUUGGGAGUGCCCUAGGUCUAUUUGGAGUUAUUGUGGGUAUCAUCAUGUCCUCUCAAGCUACAUGGCCAGUAGCUGUAGUGGUCUGAAGCCCAUCGUGUUUUUGAAUUGUUGUUAAAGCUAAUUGCUGCAAAUGGCGGAGUGACAUAUCAACAUACAAACGUGUAAGAAUCUUUACGCCUUUUCACUUUGGGUUGUCAUUAAUACUUCGUAAAGCAGGCGUUUGAUUAGUCCUCUUAUCAAGCUCAAUAUGUGAAGAUCCAGUUAGAAUGAGAGAAAUUAUUCCUUUCACCAAUUGUCAGAUUUGGUGCUCCUUUGCUCGCAUUCUCUUACAGGUUUUUGAUAGGAAUUUUACAUUCAACAGAUGCCUAAUCACCAUUGGUGGAAUGCAUUUUGGCAACGAGGAGGCCUCUAAGAAGAAUCCGCCUUUUGUGUGACUGUUAUCUGGUGUAUUCCACAUUCAACAAUGAAUAUUUGGAAUGAAAUACUGGAAGAACACUGUGUUUCUCUUCUGCAGCACGACUAUGUUACUCAGAUAGCUUUGAUGACUUAUUUGAGGCAUUUGAAUACUGAUGUAAUCACUGUCUGGAGAGGUUUCAGAAGAGUUUGGAAAGAUUAUCCAUCAUCAUCAGCAUUACCUGAUUAUAAUAAUCAUGUGUUGUAAUCAUAUCUAUCACUAAGGGGCUGCCUAUGCCUGCAUUUUGACCAUU